AAGCUUGACAUUUUUGGAACAUUCUCCCCAGAAGCUUAAUUCUUCCACCUCUGUGGCAUAGCGAUCCUGCUGAGCAAACUACACCGAGAAACAGAAGGAAGCUAAAGAUACGCUGCUUGAAGCAUGUUGUUAAGGUUACAAGGCUUGGGUUUUCCUUUUCUUUUUUUUUUUUCCCUUCUCCCCCCUCCUUCUUUCAAACAAGCCACAUCUUGACUCAUAUGGUCUGAUGUGAAAACCCACUCAGCUAUUUGAUAGUUGGGAAAUCUAGAUGAGACUGUAAGUUAUUUCAAAGGAAGCCUGUGUGUGCUGUGAACUCUCUCUCACACACACACGCACACACACGAGUUAGCUCUGCACUAUGGUAGUACAGACAGCUGUGACUCCGGGUAGGACCCGAAGACUUUUAUUCAAAAUACCAUAUGGAUCACUGAGGAGACGCAGUGUGGAAAGGAUGACGGAGGGCCGCAGAUGCCAAGUGCACCUCCUUGACGACAGGAAGCUGGAGCUCCUCGUUCAGCCAAAGCUUUUGGCCAAGGAGUUGCUUGACUUGGUGGCAUCUCAUUUCAACCUGAAGGAGAAGGAGUACUUUGGAAUUGCAUUCACAGAUGAAACGGGACACUUGAACUGGCUUCAGCUGGACCGCCGGGUUCUGGAACAUGACUUCCCCAAAAAGUCAGGACCGGUUGUUUUGUACUUUUGCGUCAGGUUCUACAUUGAAAGCAUCUCCUAUCUAAAGGACAAUGCCACCAUUGAGCUGUUUUUCUUGAAUGCCAAGUCCUGCAUCUACAAGGAACUCAUUGAGGUUGACAGUGAAGUGGUGUUUGAACUGGCUGCAUACAUCUUGCAGGAGGCAAAGGGAGAUUUUUCAAGCAAUGAAGUUGUAAGGAAUGAAUUAAAGAAGCUGCCAGCCCUUCCAACACCAGCACUGAAGGAGCAUCCUUCCCUCGCUUACUGUGAGGAUCGAGUCAUUGAACAUUACAAGAAACUAAAUGGUCAGACAAGAGGUCAAGCAAUUGUGAAUUACAUGAGCAUUGUAGAAUCCCUCCCAACAUAUGGAGUGCAUUAUUACGCAGUAAAGGACAAACAGGGAAUUCCUUGGUGGUUAGGACUUAGCUACAAGGGGAUUUUUCAAUAUGACUACCAUGACAAAGUGAAACCAAGAAAGAUCUUCCAAUGGAGGCAGCUGGAGAACCUCUAUUUCCGCGAGAAGAAGUUCUCGGUGGAGGUGCACGACCCGCGCAGGGCAUCUGUGACCAGGAGGACAUUUGGGCAUAGUGGCAUUGCUGUGCAUACGUGGUACGCCUGUCCAGCACUAAUAAAGUCUAUCUGGGCUAUGGCCAUUAGUCAACAUCAGUUCUACCUGGACAGAAAGCAAAGCAAGUCGAAGAUUCAUGCUGCAAGAAGCCUAAGUGAGAUUGCGAUUGACCUGACUGAAACUGGAACCCUCAAGACCUCAAAGCUGGCCAACAUGGGGAGUAAAGGCAAAAUUAUCAGCGGCAGCAGCGGGAGUCUUCUGUCAUCAGGUUCCCAAGAGUCAGAUAGUUCUCAGUCUGCCAAGAAAGACAUGCUGGCUGCACUGAAAUCCAGGCAAGAAGCUUUGGAAGAGACACUGCGCCAGCGCUUGGAAGAGCUAAAGAAACUCUGUCUCCGAGAAGCGGAGCUCACAGGAAAGUUGCCACGAGAAUACCCCCUUGAUCCUGGGGAGGAGCCACCUAUUGUAAGGAGAAGAAUAGGAACUGCCUUUAAACUGGAUGAGCAGAAAAUCCUGCCUAAGGGAGAGGAGGCAGAGCUGGAGCGCCUGGAGAGGGAGUUUGCCAUUCAGUCCCAGAUCACGGAGGCUGCCCGGCGCCUGGCGAGCGACCCGAACGUCAGCAAAAAGCUGAAGAAACAGAGGAAGACAUCCUACCUGAACGCACUGAAGAAACUGCAGGAGAUCGAAAAUGCCAUCAAUGAGUAUCGCAUCAAAUCUGGAAAGAAGCCAACUCAGAGAGCCUCCCUGAUCAUAGAUGAAGGAAACAUUGCCAGUGAAGACAGCUCCCUCUCAGAUGCCCUUGUUCUGGAGGAUGAGGAUUCUCAGGUCACCAGCACAAUAUCCCCUCUCCAGUCCCCACACAAAGGACUCCCUCCCCGGCCACCCUUGCACAACAGGCCUCCUCCUCCACAGUCGCUGGAAGGCCUCCGCCAAAUGCAUUACCACCGCAAUGACUAUGACAAGUCCCCCAUCAAACCCAAGAUGUGGAGCGAGUCAUCCUUGGAUGAACCCUAUGAGAAGGUCAAGAAACGCUCCUCACACAGUCAUUCCAGCAGUCACAAGCGGUUCCCCAGCACCGGGAGCUGUGCCGAGGCGGGAGGGAGCAGCUCGCUGCAGAACAGCCCCAUACGGAGCCUUCCCCACUGGAACUCCCAGUCCAGCAUGCCGUCGACGCCCGAUCUACGGGUACGCAGUCCACACUACGUCCAUUCCACGCGGUCAGUAGACAUCAGCCCAACCAGACUGCACAGCUUAGCUCAGCACUUUAGACACCGGAGCUCCAGUUUGGAGUCACAAGGCAAGCUCCUUGGCUCAGAAAAUGAGACGGGGAGUCCUGAUUUCUACACCCCAAGGACUCGUAGCAGUAAUGGCUCUGACCCCAUGGACGACUGCUCUUCCUGCACCAGCCAUUCCAGCUCUGAGCACUACUACCCAGCUCAGAUGAACCCCAACUACUCCACCCUGGCAGAGGAUUCCCCAUCGAAAGCCAGAGAGCGGCAGAGACAAAGGCACAAAUCAGCGGGCAACCUGGUCUCUUCCAAUUCAGGGAGUAUGCCCAACCUGGCUGCGAGGAACGGGACGGGGCACCACCGUGUCUACCUGCACAGCCAGAGCCAGCCCUCCUCCCAGUACAGGAUCAAAGAGUAUCCCCUGUACAUCGAGGGCAGCUCCACACCCGUGGUGGUGCGGAGCCUGGAGAACGACCAGGAGGGACACUACAGCGUGAAAGCACAAUUCAAAACCUCCAACUCCUACACAGCGGGGGGGAUGUUUAAGGAGAACUGGCACGGGGAUGAAGUGGACUCGGUCAGGCUCACCCCCUCCCGCUCCCAAAUCAUAAGGACUCCAUCUCUGGGCAGGGAGGGCCAUGAGAAAGGCUCGGGUAGGACUGCUGUGUCGGACGAGCUGCGGCUCUGGUACCAGCGGUCCACGGCCUCCCACAAGGAGCACAGCCGCCUCUCGCACACGAGCUCCACUUCCUCAGACAGCAGCUCCCAGUACAGCACAUCUUCGCAAAGCACCUUUGUGGCGCACAGCCGGGUCACGAGAAUGCCUCAGAUGUGUAAAGCAACAUCAGCUGCCUUACCUCACAGCCAGAGGAGUUCAACACCGUCGAGUGAACUAGCAGCCACGCCACCGGGCAGUCCCCACCACAUUCUCGCAUGGCAGACUGGAGAAGCAACAGACAACUCACCCACUAUGGAUGAGUCUCAGUCUCCAACCCACCAAAGUACUGAUGAAUAGAGGAGCUACAACGAUAGCUGUUUCCUGGAUUCUCCCCUCUAUCCAGAAUUAGCAGAUGUCCAGUGGUAUGGGCAGGAAAAAGCCAAGCCUGGGACUCUAGUGUGAACCCCUGACCUCAAGUUAAAUCACAUCAAUGCCAUUCUGAGAUCACCUCACUGCCUCUCAUUUGCCUUACCCAGAUGCACUGUCACCCAGCACCAGCUUCAACUCUAAGCACUUUUCUCACGAUGCAAUUCAAGACGACAUUUACAGAACGCUGGCCCUGAGACAUCCACCGCAACAGCGACGGACCGCAGCGCAUCCCAUUGCCAGACUGGUGCACAUCCCUCCCACGGCCUGCAGGGCAGCGGGUGCAGAUGAGCAGCCAUCUUAAUAGUCAGUCGGCAAUUUAAAAAUUGAUUUUCCUUUGAAACGACGGAAGCCUUUCAAGGCUUACAUCAAAUCUUACUGUUCUGCAGCAUGUAACAGCAGUAAGAUUUCCAUGACGUGCGAUCUGAAGCCAAGAGAGCAUUAGUUUAAGGGGGGGGGGGGGGGGGGGGGGGAGUAAAAUGGGAUAGAGGCUGAGAAAUGGAUCUCAUAGUCCUGGAAAGUGCAUCUGUUAUGAAACAGUAAAAUCCCAUCACUUCAAGGAUGUGUCAGAGUCUCGCAAUCAGACCUGCACUGCCAAAGAUCGCCACACCGACAUCGGCAGGAUGAGUUUGCUCAGCAAGUUCUAGCUACAAGAACAUCGCUCUCAUUUAACUCGAUGGCAGACACGACCACCUCCUGUAAAACCGCACUUCCUUCUUCGCUUUGAGCCCACCUACAUGCAAGUAAAAUAACCCAAUAUGCUGAAGCCACACUGGAGGUCUGGGCUGGUAUCACAGCUACUAUUAAACUGGACAAACAAGGUUUACAAAGGCAUUACCUAAAGCAGAGGCAAGUACUGCUACUCACAGCAUCUCUGUGGCUGGCACAGGUUGCACACCAAUACAUAGAGAGGUUGGGGUUGUGUUGGUUGUUUUUUAAUGCUCUGAUGAAGAUUAAAAUUGCCAAAAAAACCUUUCUGCAAACCGAUACGGCCAAUAAAUUCCAAUCGAUUUCUGCACAAAGCAUUAACGUGAAAUCAAAGGGAAAGCACAUCACAAUCUAAUUGACACGGUAAAGCUGCAUUAACAUAUCUCUUCCACUCAUCUUCCCUCCUUUAGCACCAGUUGUAGCAAAGGGCUCGUCACUCAGUGUACUGCUGUGUGGGAGAACCGGUCUGUCGGGAAGAGGAGAGGCUCCGCAGCGGGGUUGAACAACCAGCAGACUAGGCAAAUUUUCCCAUUGCAAGAAGCGACCACAAGAAAGAGAAGCAACUAAAUUAGGUGUUGGACACAAGCGAGAGCUGCCUGCUGAUACCAAAAGGAAUCGUAUAAGAGCGUCAUGGAAGGAGCUGCAAGUUUACACAUACUUUUGAGCAAUGCUUUAUACAUGUCAAGCCAUGGAACUUAAAAAGGCCUCAAAGACACUUUUGUAAUGAACAAGUGCACAAUCUAGGUGGAUGUUGAAGCUGGCACGUCUAGUCUUCAUUGCGGUGCUAUGCUGUUUUUAUUGCCACUAGAUGGGGGGAGGUACCCGGCCUUCCCCCGUUUGUGCGUGCAAAUGAUGAUUUCCUAUGGGAAAGGCAUUAAAAGAAACGGCUGGAGGGGGUUACUUUGUGAAAAGCAGAAACUGAAGUUAGCUUUAGUUUAAGAAAAAAAGAAAAAAGAAGUGCGAGUGUGUGUGCGUGUGUGUGUUCCAAGAAUAACAAUAGCAUCUACCAGACAAAGUAGGGCGAAACGUUUAAAAUUAAACACCACGACUUGGGGGGCUGCCACACCUUUUUGCAUUAAGAUUGCUGGAAAACUGCAUUCCAGGCAUUAAAAGAGAAUGGGUUCUUCGUCGUUAGGCUUGGAAAGAUGAUGGGGUUUCUGACAAUUAAUGCAAGCUGCUCAUGUGAAUACCUUUCUGCAACGUUUAUUAGAAAUGUUUGCUUCCGUUCUCUGCACUUGCCUGCUGUGCUGCUGUCCCGCAUCACCGGUAAGGCAGGGGAGGUGGCCUUGCAGAGAUGAGGACAGCCAUGGGCAGAAAGGCUGCUGUUUGUCCAGGGAAAUCCACCGCAGAGCCAGGAGGGAAACUUCCAUGUUCACACAUGAGGCAUAAAUUAAUUAUCCGUCUAAAAAAAAAAAAAAAAAAAACGCACACUUUUUUAUGCUGGCAAGGGUUUUUUAAAGGAAGCCAUGCAAGCCUCGUGCUUCUGGACCUCCACAAGGAAUCGCCACAGGAGUACAACCCCCUUCGACAGCAAUUGAAGCCUCGUAACCGCUUGCUGGAAGAACAGACAGCGGUGAGAUUGCACCCUGUAUCUGGACGUGCAAAAUGCUUUUUUCACCAUCUCUUUGUGCUUUGGGGUCUUUAACGUGGGAAUUAUUUCAAGCUCCUAAUUGGAUUUUUAGCUGGAUAAGAGAUAGUACCGAUUAGUGACAUUUACUGAUAAGAUUUGGUAGCUAAAGUGAAAGGAUUAAAUAAGGACCAAAUUAAGCAGCGGCAAGUAAUUUAGCCCACAGAUUUUUAGGGGCUCUGAGCAACUGUCUGUUUUCUUUUUAAUUUCCCUGGUAAGUGGUUUUGGGUUGGUUUUUUUUUUUUUCUGUGUACCUUCUUUUAAUUAAAAAGAAUUCAACAACAGCGGCACUAUGAGGCCUCUGGGCACUACAGGAAGAAACGUUAAUUCCUCCAAGACCAGAUCUGCAGUUUUGCAGCAAAGGUUAAAAGGUGGCAGCCCUGACUUUAGGGAAAAAAAAAAAAAAAAAAUUUGGUUAGCCUGAAUUGCAGACAGGCUCGAGUAGAGAAAAAGCCUUCUAGAAACGGAUUGAGUUUUGCUUUGUGUUCUGCUUUUCUGUUUUGCAAUCAAGGCACACGUGAGCAGCCAGUCUGGUAGUAAAGACAGAUUAAGUAAAACAGGUUUUACUGUUUAGCUCAAUUCAAUUAAACACAAAUGUACAUAAAAUGUUAAUCAUAGGAGAUUAACAUAUUUAAGUAUAACGCGGAGGGGUAUAUACAUAGCUAUUAUAUACAAGCACUUGACUACCAACUUCACCCCUCCUUUACUUUUUUAUUUUUCAAGGCUCCAUCUGACAUAAAGCCACAAUUGCGUUCUUAGUCUACGUGUCCGGCGCUCCCUCUGUUCAGGCAGGAGCCGGGUGUACGGUCUGUGCACCGGGCCGCGCCGGGAGGCAGGGUUUAUUUUUAAAUGAUAUUAUAUGCAGUCGAGUGUUGAAAAUGUUGAAACAGUCCAAUUUGUUUUCACUCUGUAUUAGUUUUAGUUUCAGGCAUAGCCGAUUCCCAUUCAGGUGCUAUCAGAUGACCAGUUACUGCUUAGUUAACUAGAUGUAAAGUUUUACAUAUAUAUUAAUGUCAAUAGUUUUAUUACAAGUUGUGUAAAAUGGACUCUCUAGUUUAAAAAAAGAAAAAAAAAAGGAAGAAAAAAAAUUAGGUCUCUCCUGAAAUUGAUUUUAGAGCAUGGAAAAUGAUUUUACUGGAUUCUGUUCAACUGUAAUCAAGGAAAAAAUAUGUAUGUUGUAGAAAAAGUUGCAGAAUUAAAAAAGAUCUGCUUUUAAUUUAUUCUUUUUGUAUUAAGAAUUUGUAUAGUUACCUUUACAUUUUGCAAAACGGUGUUGUCAACACUUCCUUAUUAAAGCAUUUUCAAAAUGAAA